UAACAGAUUCUCUUUUUGCAGAACUUUAUCAAUCUAGAAAUAGCGAUUGGGAGAUCCAUCGGAACAACGACCUUUGCAGUUUUUCGCUUCAUCGUCGAAAGAAUAUUGGAAAAAAUCCAGGUUACGUACGUAUCUAAUGAUGUUCCACCAAACCACUCGAUAUUUUUAUGCAAGUAUCGACACUUCGAAACUUAAGAAGUGUAUUUCCUACAUUAUAGCGUGAAAUUGUUUAAGCAGGAUAUCGGGAACAAUUUGAUCCAUUAAAGGUCGAAAAACAAUGACCUCUUUCAAUAUAAAAGCGAAGAAAUGCCAAAUGGAGUCAUUCAGUUCCAAUAUAUCGAAUUAAGAGUUACUCGUAUCUUAAACAAAAUCCUCCAAAAUGAUCUUCAAGUGUGCACCAUUUAUGCUAAUACUGCAUUGUGUAACACCGAUAUUCAUACGAUCGGGAAUUGACUUUGACGAAAAUUCUGGUCAAGUGCAACAAUCAAAUCUGUACGAUAAAAGAGGAGAAAAGGGCCACAGUGGAGUACAAGAAGCAGAAGGUUUCAACAAAGACAACCAACAGAAAAGUGUAAAUUCUCAAGACGCAUCGAAAUUCAGUGAGACAGAUGGUGUCAAAGUUGAACAUCUAAACCAAAACCAAUACGACAAGAAUAAUUACAACCAGAACACAGGGCAAGAAGAGAACGAAAUCAAGAAAAACGUCGGACAUCACAAAGGUCAUCAUAAAUCUGGUUUCCACAAUUCCUAUCACAAAGAUGAGUCGGGGAGCAAUUCUAGCUACUUCGAUAAUGCAAAUGAUGAAGGUAGUAAUUACGUUUAUGAUGGGAGAAGGAAAAAAUAUGACGGAUCAGGUUCAGAAAAAGCUCAAGGACAAAACUACAACAACCAACAAUACAAUCGGAAUCAAGGCCAACAAAACUUAUACGAUAACAGAGGCAACUUACGAAAUGACAGAGGUGAUCGAGGUUAUUACAACCAAAGACAACACUACGAUGACAGAGAGCAAUAUGCUAAAAAUUUGGCAGAUGGUCGAUACAACCAAGGUGUUUACUCAGCUCAUAACAAGUACUACAAUCGUCCUCAUUACACUCAAGCUUAUGAUCCCUAUUACUACGACAGAUAUCCAAGGUAUGUAGAAAAUGAAAGGAUUCAAACUACACCCCUGGGGCAUACCAUCAGAAUUUUAGAAGAUCCAAGAUAUGUUAACGAUGGCUACUCAACAAAUAGGCAUUAUCCUCGGUAUGAAGGACAUUAUAAUAAAUACUACGACGAUAGAUAUCAAGCUGUGAGGGCGCCAAAAAAUUAUUACUAUUGAGAAAGUAUUCGUCUAACUCAGGAAUUCCAAAUGCUGCCAACUUUGCCAUAAAAGGACGUGCUUUUCAUUAAGCUACAUUUUCUGUAAAUAAAUGAACAAUGCUUGAUUACUUACCUUAUUUAAUGGUAUUUCAUGUGGACAAGUUUGAUUUUAAUAAAGGA